AUGGUAGGAACAUCUGGUAACAGCAUUGGCUUAGCAAUUUUGACAGAAACAAGAGCACUGUUGCAGGUAGUGAAAAGCACUCACCUAGUCAAGGGUAAGAAGAAGGAAUCAGAAGAACCGAAGAAGGAACGCUCACGUUCACGUGGAUCUUCAGGAAACUUCAUUUUGAUGAUGGAGCUUAGGAAGAAAAUCAUUACCUUCAGAGACAUCAUUGACCUACCACCUUUCGAUGGUUCUCUGAGCAUAAACGAGUUAGAUUAUGAGAAACAUGCCUUGACUCUCAAAACAAAUUUGUUUGUUGCAGCUGGUGAUGGGGACAAUGAGAGAUCUGCACAAAUUUUACCCUGA